AGUUACCAAAGCGACGUGUCAGCGGCAGCACGCCGAUCAAAACUCAUAACUAAAUACUUAUAAAAAAAAUAAGUAAAAUAAUUGCCCGUUAUAAAAGAAAACAGUGAAUAGACUGUGAUAUUCAAUUGUCUCAGCUCGUUAAUUGUUUUGAAUUUGGAAUCCAGUUGUAAGUGAUAAAUCUUCAAAAUGUCAAAAGAUACAGUGCUGGAUAUGACAUUACCAAAACCACCCAAAAAUCCAAAAUUGAUCGAGACAUUGGACACAUUGAACCCACCGAGAGACAAUUCGAAAGCGAUCGUCCUCAUGGACAGGACACAUGGCGCGGAUAAGGAUCUGAACGGCUUCGGUAAUAAUAAGAAGGAACAGCUCCUGCCGACAGCACCACUUUUAACAGAUGUAGCCAAGAAAGACGCUUCAGACGCAGAUGGUGAAAAGAUCGAAAUGUUACCCAACAUGGAGGACAAAAAGCAAGGAGGGUAUGAGGAUGAUUUAGAAGACGCUAUCGGAUUCAGGAUGGGCAAUGGGUCGGUGCACACGACGCGCGAGGGCGGCGCGGAGGGUGACGAUGGUAAAUGGCUGUGGCACGAUGCCGACGAGACGGAUUACCCUGAUGGAAGACUCGCUGACGACAACAGAACUGUCAUUGAAGAAAGUCCAAACGUGAACACGUAUCAGCAGAAGAAGAACCUGGCACAGGGCAUGAUGGAUCUAGCCCUACUGUCGGCUAACGCCAACCAGCUGCGCUACGUCCUGGAAUCAUCCUCUGCAGGACAUGCCUACUACUACUCCAGUAUAACACUGAUUUCUUUUAGUAUCAUUCUCCAAAUUGCAGUCGGCAUCGGCCUCAUAUUAAACAGUCGUUAUGAUGUGAACCACCACGUAGACAUCUGCAAGGCGGACAAGAUUAACAACAUGACAGUUCUGGGUGUGUUCCUCGUCACCAUCGUCAAUGUAUUCAUUACCUCCUUUAGUGUGGCGCCGUCUAACACGACCAUCGUAGCUAAUUAAAUAAGUAUUCUUAAGCUCAAAGAGAUAUUGUUAGAGCACCAGACACGUGACAUUGUGUUCACUCACACGGUGUGGCACGGGUAUUUGAUAUUUUAUCAGAUGUAUACGUUUAUAUUUUAUUUAAAAAAAAACACUUAGUUAUUUUGAAAAAUACUAGCAGGUAAUGUUAUUUUGACAAAAACAAUUAUGUUACUUAACGGUCAAAGGGUUGAUUUGCACACUGAUGUUACCUUGACUAAAACCGGUUUGUUCAAAACUGGCGGUCAAAAAUUUUAAUGAGCGUGCAAACCUGCCUCUGUGGUUUGACAAACUCAUUUACAUUUUUGAUGUAUUUAUGUAGAUAGAUAUGACAGUAAGUAACGGGCAAUAAGUAUGUCGAGCUUACAAAUCUACUUCUGAUAUUUUAUCAAAACAUUUUACUGUUUAAAUCACAUUAUCAACAAAAAUUCUUGAAACAAACGAGAGAAAAUAAAGACUAACGAUGGGAAACCUGUAUUUUAUAAAAAGAAAUAUAUGUAUAUAUUUCUGCUCUUACCAGCGCAUAUAUAUAUCAAAACAUAUACAGCAAUAGCUGUAUCUAUUGCAUAGCAUAAAAGCCUGCUAAAGCUUUAUUUCUAGUCAUGGAGAGAGGGUAACAAAAUCGAUGUCUAAUCAGGAAAAUACAUCCAGCCUUCAAGUCAACCUUCCCUGGGUUCACAAAGACCAGAUCCAGUUAGUAUAAUGCAUUUCAUCAAAUCCAUUCAUUGGCAGUACAAACAAUAUUAAAAAAAAUGUCUUUUCUUCUUUCCUUUUUCCGCUCAUGCCUACUAGACAAAGCAAUAGUUCUUAAGUAGCGUUUUCUUUGCUGCUUCCGUAGAACAUUAUUUUUUUAGUUUAUUGUGCUUUCUUUACGUAGUCUUGAAUUAUAAGGAUAUUAAUGUUGAUGGGUUUUUAACAAGAAGUCGACUGUUUUUGUCAGUUGGACACGUCAUAACACUGUUUAUGACUCUGUUUGCGAGCUUCCAAAAUCAGAUGCAUUUCCAUUGUUUGUAAGUAGAUAGUAUUUUGUUCAAAUUUAAAUGUCUAUGGUAGCAUUUAUAUGUUCUUAAGAUAAUAUUCCUCAUUUUACUUUAAAAACAUUUAGUUACCUCUAGGUUCUCAUUAAAUUAUAUUGAAAAUGUUUGUAUGAGUGCAUGUGUGUAAAUCUAAUAAUGUAAAUAUGUAUGUAUGUCUGUUCGAGUACGUAAACGAAAUGCUGAUGUAAAGUUAAGAUUUAAGAUUGUACGCAAGUGUUCUGAUAUUAUAAGUAUGUAAAUCGGAUAAUAUGAUUCCUUGGACACUAGAACCUUAUUGCAUUAUUUUUAAUAAUUGAACGCUACGUUAGACUCAGAACUAGGUUAUCAAUUUUUUAGCAAUAAUGGAUUCUAAAGAUAUAUAAGUAAGAAUCAAAUUUCCAGAGUAUACAGACGUAUACCUAUUAUACUAUAGAAUGAAUUUAAACAAUUAUACCUUAUUUUUAUUAAUUAUUAAGCGUUUUAAUGUUUUAUUAAAUACGACAAGUUGAUAUACCAAACACUCAAUGAUAAUCUCAUUAUUUAUAUUUUUUUUUUCGAUAAUGUACUAUAAGUAAUGUUCUAUAUCAUAAAUAAUCGCCUUUAAAUGUAAUGCUCAAAUGUAAUCUCAUUUUUCUAUAAAAAUAAUGAUGUAUUUUAAAACCGUCAAAAUUCAAAAUCGAAUCUUUAAACGGUCGAGGAACUUGGGUGUUCCUACUUUGCAUACAAAAUAAGCGAUGUCAAGUUCCUCGACUGUGCUUUCCUAGUGCCAUUUUAUGUGCCUUAUUAAUUGGAGAAAUCCAGAAAUAAACUACAAUAUGAACAUGAAACGUUUUUCAUUUUAUAAUGAAGUAUCCGUCAUUUUCAUCACAUGGAUUUGAAUAUGAAUACUGGACUCCGCACUAGUUUUAGUAAGCCCUUCCCUAAUCACCCAAUAAUGGUUCGCCAUCCUUGUGUUACAUUCGCAAGUGUUCGUAAUGGUUUAAUAAAUAGGUAUAAUAUAAACAUAACAAAGAUUCAUAGCGUACAGAGUACCCAGGCAAGUAUAGUCCAGUGGCCGAACAGAAAUAAUUACGUACAUUAUCUUUAUGCCUACUGAUAGACAUCGCAUCUGUUCGAGCGCAACAGCAAAAUGUUAUUUAAAUUAAAGUGUGCGUUCUAUUAACGAAUUAUUUUUGUAAUUUAAUUGAUUUUCAUCCCGAACCCUAAUUCGUAACAACGUGAAAGUAUUGAAGCACAUUCGACAGGAAUAGUCAAGUGA